CACCACGUCACUCAACCCGCCAUGUCAUCUUUUCCAACCCAAUUCUUAAACUCAAUCAACUUAUAAACCGAACCAUCUAUCCCUCUCUCUCUCUCUUCUUCGCCUGAUCCUCUCUCCUCUUCAACCUUGCAUCAAAAUCAGACACAACGACGGCUCGCCAGAUCUCCUCCUCUUCUCCAUUCCCCUAGCGAAGAAUGCGCCCACCGGAAAACCCUAAGAAAAAGAAUCACCCUAAAUUCUCCUCAAAACCAUCACUUUUUCAACUCGGUUUUUCUUCUCAGGUCAUCAACCAUCGGGAGACAGGCAGGUCCCGUGGAUUCAGAUUCAUGACCUUCAGGGACCAGCAGGCGAUGAAGGACGCGAUCGAAGGGAUGAACGGCCAGAAUCUCGACGGCCGUAACAUCACCAUCAACGAGGCUCAGUCCCGCUCUGGUGGCGGUGGUGGAACACGCGAAGGCGGUGGCGGCGGCGGCGGUGGAUACAGCCGUGGUAACGGUGGCUACGACGGCGGUGGAUACGGUGGUGGUCGGGAGCGUGGUUAUGGGGCUGGUGGUUACGGAAGCGGCAGUGAUGGCGGUUCCCGCUACUCUUCGAGGGGCGGUGGUGCCUCGGACGGAAACUGGAGGAGCUAGAUGGCGGGAUUUAUAGAUUAGGGGAAAUGUAGAAGGUGUCAUGUUUUUUGGAUUACUGUGUUAGUUUCUUACUUGCUUGUCCAGGUUAUGGUUCUUGUUCAAUCUGCGUUCGUCAUAUUGGGUUUUUGUUCGUUGUCUCUGAUGUUGAUGCAAGGUUGAAUAGGAGAGAGGAACAGGCAAAGAGGACAGAGAGGGAUAGAUGGUUGGGUUCAUAGGUUGGUUGGAUUUAAGGAUUGGGUUGGAAAAGAUGACAUGGCGGGUGGGGUUUGGUGAUGUGGCGAGUUAAAAAAGGGUGAGUCAGCACUUCUAUUAGCCAUCUAAGCAUUUGACUAACGGUGUCAAAGGAGACUAACGGAGAGUGACUAAACGUGGAUCCUUUUACUAAUUCGAGUGACUAACAUUGAUAUUAAUUUUUUUCAGUGACUAAACAUGACAUAUUUUAAUAAACCCAAUGACCAAACGUGGCAUUUACCCUUCUCUAAAUUGAUGCAUUUAAUCAA